UCUUAGAAGGAAAAAAUGAAAACCAUGUGGAGAAAUCUUAGCUAGCAACUGUUAUAAAAAAAAGAUUCUCCAAGAUUUUUUGAUUUUAUAAUACGGGGAACAGAAUAUACAACUCCUCUAGAAUCUGUAGAUACCAAUUCCAGAAGAAAGUAAAUACACAUAAUUUACCACCAAACCCUAGCCAACUACCCCCGUCCCGUCACACGGAAUCUCUCCUCCUCCGGUAGUUGUUGUUCGUGGAGUGGGACAAACAGAGAAAGCCCAUCAUUAAAGAAAUCGACAGAGAUAGAGAAAAAAUAAAGAGACCCUUUUUACCUUAAACUGUGUGCAGAUUUUUUAAGAUAAAAAAACUCUUUUUCUUAUUUUUAAUCCUGAAUUCAAUUCUGUCUUUAUUUAUUUCUUUGUUUUAGCCUAUAAAAUCAAUACCCACAGAGGAGGAAGAUACUGAUUCUUCUUCUUGCUUGGAAUCCCCCCAUUAUUACAAUACUCUCUCUCUCUCUGGAGGGUUUUAAAGAAAGAGGAGUAACUAAUGGCAUUUGCUGAUGAAAGUGGUAGGAGCUCACAGAAGGUCAUGGACAUGACAUUUGCUAAUGGAAGUGGUGGUGGCACUAUGGACAAACCAGGGGGACACAAGAUGGCAAUGGUAAUUUGUUGGCUUCUAGGGAAUGGCUGUCUUCUUGCUUGGAACAGUAUGUUAACGAUGCAGGAUUACUAUGAGUACUUGUUCCCGGAUUACCAUCCUGCUAGGGUGAUCUCAAUUGUUUAUUUUCCGUUUGCGCUUGCAACAACUGCUAUAUUUGCAUACCAUGAGGCCAAAGCGAACACAAGAAAACGAAUCCUUAUUGGAUUUAAUCUUUUCUUUAUAAGCUCUCUAGCAAUUAUAAUUUUGGAUGUAGCCACAUCUGGUGGAGGAGGGCUUGGGAAGUACAUUGGUCUCUGCCUCAUUGUAGCAGUUGUUGGAAUUGCAGAGGGGUAUGUCGAGGGUGGGAUGUUCGGGGAUCUCUCCUUCAUGUGCCCUGAAUUUGUCCAGUCUUAUUUAGGGGGUAUGGCUGCAUCUGGGGCUCUAACCUCGUCUAUAAGGUUAAUUACAAAGGCAGUGUUUGAUAAUACCAACAAUGGUCUUCGCAAGGGGGCAAUGGUGUUCCUCUCAAUCACCACAUUUUUCAUGCUGGUGUGUGUAUUCCUCUAUGCAAUGGUCUUCGCUAAACUACCAAUUGUCAAGUACUACCGAUCAAAGGCAGCUUCGGAAGGAUCGAAAACUGUUACAGCUGAUCUGAUUGCCGCUGGCACAGAAACACAGCAAAUCAAACUAGCUGACGAGGAAGGGCAUAAACAACUGGAGCGCCUGACCACCAAACAGUUGCUAGUUCAAAACAUUGACAUUAUAAUGACUGUAAUUCUAAUAUAUGCAUUGACGUUGUCGAUUCUCCCUGGGUUCUUAGCAGAAGACACAGGGAAACACAGCUUGGGUACCUGGUAUGCGGUUCUUCUUAUUGCUAUGUACAAUUUCUUAGAUUUGAUUGGGAGAUACAUUCCAGUCAUAGACGCUUUAAGGAUAAAAUCAAGAAAGGUCAUCUUGGGUGCAACCGUGUCUCGUUUCUUGCUCAUCCCAUGUUUCUAUUUUACGGCCAAGUAUGGAACCCAGGGCUGGAUGAUCUUUCUGACAUCUUUCCUAGGCUUAAGUAAUGGAUAUCUCACAGUCUGUGCCUUUACAGCGGCUCCCCAAGGUUACAAGGGUCCAGAGCAAAAUGCAUUAGGGAAUUUGCUUGCGCUGUUUCUUCUUGUAGGUAUUACUCUCGGAGUAACACUCGAUUGGAUGUGGCUCAUUGGCAAAGGCUGGUGAUUUUUCACUCGGAAGUCAAAUUGUAAAUAAACACAGUGGUGAUUACAGAACCUCCAUGCAUUUCAAUCUUUAGGAACCAAAUCGUUUCAGUUGUUAUUUUUGUUAAUUUUUGGUUUUCAUUUUGAUUAUAGUUUGAUACUACUUUUUUCUUUUACUUUUGCUUUGAACUGAAAAGAAAGCAUUUGUAAAUAAAAUAAAAAUUUUAUCAAUGUAAAUGGAUUUACAUUGUGUAAUUGACUAUUGAAUGUGCCGAACUUAUCAGACGAACAAUCCAAUCUAACUUUAUGC